AUGCACCACCGUGGGCUGAGAGAUACCCACGCCAGCGACCCCUGUGCCCCAUGGGGUAGUGUCAACGGAGUCCACUGACGAACGGGAACCAAGUCUUAAAGUCGUUUCUAGAAUCGUUCGGGCUAGAGCUGCUUGGCGACGCAUUGCAUACAUGAUUCAUCUACCAGGAAAUCACGGCGGUUGGGUACGAGCAGGCGAUGUUCUGGACGUCGUCGUGCGCCGCCCAGCCAGCAGAGGAUCAAGCCAAGUCUACGAAAUGAAACUAAAGGGCCGAGCGGGGUUGUGUGGCACGGUGGGAUAGAGGGUGGAUCUCUCCAGGGUCAUGGCAACGACCGUAAGUACAUUCUCUGUACAUUUAUAAUAUUGCUCAUGGCCAUCUAUUUCUCUGUCUCCUUUACUUCAGGUCGAGUCGUCACUGUCGUUCCUUCCUUGCAGUCCCUUCCGCACUCUAUCUGUCUUGCAAUCAUGGGUCAAUCCGACGUGGUAGACCAUCCGGAGAAGACCGAGACGGUGCAAACGGAGGUUGUCCCUACUCCUACUAGCAAUGAUGUUAGUUCUACUACAUCAGAGACAGCUGGGGGUCCCCCCGGAAUGACCAAGGCGAAGUGGCUCGCCUGUAUAGCCUUGGCGCUGGGGUACACGACGACCUUCCAGCAAUUUGCAUGCACAGGAUCUAUUGUCAGGCACAUCGAUCUUGAGCUUGGUCAUUCCCCUCAGUACAAUUGGAUGCUGGCAGUAUAUACGCUAGGUCUAGCUGUAUGCUUGCCCGUUACUGGCGGUCUCUCCGAUAUCUUUGGACGUCGAUGGUUUUUCAUGGGUGGCUGCGUUGUAUCCUUAAUUGGAACUAUCGUCUCAGUGCGAGCCGACGCCGUAAACAUGGUGAUUGGAGGUAUGGCUCUGAAGGGCAUUGGGGCUGCCGCGCAACAACUCGCGGUGGCCGGUAUUGCUGAGAUCGUCCCAAAUAAGCAUCGAGGCACGGCUCAAGCCAUUCUGGACAUUAUCACCACCCCCUGGACCAUGUUCGGCUCGCUCGCCGGCAAUGCCAUGGUCAAAUACCACCAUCUCACGUUCAGGAUCAAUUGGUAUGUUGGGAUUGCGCUGAAUAUUGUGACCCUGGUCAUGGCAUUCUUCUUCUACUUUCCGCCGCACCAUCCGAACUCGCAUGGCAAGUCAAAGCGUCAGCAAUUCUACGAAAUUGACUGGAUCGGUGUUGCUCUUUGGGCCUCCGGGCUCACUAUGCUUCUCGUCGGUAUCUCCUUUGGAGGCGUGUCGUAUCCAUGGAAAUCUGCUAUUGUCCUCUGCCUGAUCCUGAUUGGUGCCGCUCUUCUCUUCGUUAUGGGCAUGUGGGAAUGGAAAUUUGCACCGAACCCCUUCAUGGACCGGUCCCUGUUUUCCCGCGGCCGCACGUUCAGUCUGGUCCUGGUGAUCAUCUUCGUCGCUGGUAUGGGUCUGUAUGCCGGCUCUGCAUUCUGGCCCCAGCAGAUCUCGUUCAUGUACGAUGAAGAUCCGAUCCGCAUUGGUGUCCUCACCAUCGCAGGUGGUGCCGGUGGUGCUACCGGUGGCUUCGUCAGCGGCAUGAUCAUCGGCAAACACAAGUGGCUCAAAACCCACUGGUGCGUCCUCUUCGGCGUCUUCCUUAAAGUCGUCGGCCCCGCCGGCCUCACCACCCUCACCCCCGACACCCUCUCCCGCGCCCUCGGCCUCACCUUCCUGUCUGGCUGUGGCACCGGCUGGGUCUCCGUCUCCCUGAUCGUGUGCAUCCAGCUCGCCUGUGACGACCACAACAUCGGUCUCGCCUCCAUGCUGAUCGGCAGCUUCCGCGCGGCCGGCGGCACCGUCGCGCUGGCGAUCUACAGUACCGUGCUCAGCAACAAGGUGCGCCAAGUCAUCGGGAAGCAUAUCGGUGGCGCCGUCAUCCCGAUGGGCGUGAAGCGGGAGGAUCUGGCGCGGUUCAUCACCGCGAUCAGCGCGGGGGAUAUCAAGACCGCGCUGACUAUCCCCGGAGCGAACGUCGAGGUGCUAUUGGCGGCCAAGGAGGCCUCCAAGUGGGCCUAUGCCGAGGGAUUUAAGGCCCUCUACAUCACGGCCUUGAGCUUCGCGGCGUUCGCUUUCGUCGUCACGCUCUUCACGAAGGACGUGUCGAAGAACAUGACCUCGCAUGUAGCCGUGCGCCUGGAGAAUGAGGCGCCUGUCUCUGAUGAUGAGAAGGAGAAAGCGUUAGCGUAGGACAGAAGCGCAUGGGUUAGGACGGAGGGAAACGUCUCGCCUGCACUGGGUCGAUGUAGGUCAAAACAUUGAAUAAAGGAACCAAGGAAUCAAUAUUACUAUGGGAACUCUAAUACUUUCACGAUCAUGUCGAACCCUUUUUUACAUUUCUAAGCCGUCCAUAAUUUGCUAUUGUGACACUCGGUCAAUAACACAUGUCAGCAGGUGCUUGAAUUAGACCAUUCUUCGGUUUUCCGC